UCAUCACUUCUUCAAUGGCCACUCUUCUUCUCAGACACUCCUCUUCCACUUCUCGCCGCCUCUUCCCCUUAGCCUCUCAAAUCCACUCUUCCGUAUCUCGUUCUCCUCUCUCUACUCCCAGUGACUCCACCUCCACCUCCUUCUAUUCUUUCAAUUCCAAUCCAUGGUGGAGAUCCAUGGCAACUUUCACCAGAACGAAGCCUCACGUUAAUGUCGGAACUAUUGGACACGUGGAUCACGGGAAGACCACGCUAACUGUGGCAAUCACCAAGGUGCUUGCGGAUGAAGGGAAGGCUAAGGCUGUGGCCUUUGAUGAAAUUGACAAGGCUCCUGAAGAGAAGAAGAGAGGAAUCACCAUUGCAACGAUAUGGAAUCGCACUCUUUUGGUCUUGCAUAACAUUGAAGUCCCUUGUAAGUGUCAUAGUUUUGUUAAUUUGUGUUGA